AACUCGUGCAACGAAAUCAAAUACAAAAGUUAAUAUUGGGCAGACAAUUAAUGAUGGUGUUGGUGUUCGAAAAAGAGCUAAAGCAGCGACGAAAACAAUUAAUAACUUUGCUCUAUCCGAUAGUGAUGAAUAUUCAAUCACAGCUAAACCAAGAACCCGAAAGAGCACCGCGACAAGAAAUCGCAACAAUGAGAAAGCCACAACUACUGCUGUAACCAAAACGUAUAAUACAAGGAGUAAAGCAAAAGGACAGAAAAGUAAAAAGAACACCACUACUGCUAAACAGCAAAAGAAGUCAAAUACGCGUUUUCAUCAAUUUGAACAUGAACAGGGACAAAGGUUGAAUGAAACAAUUAAUAAGAUUGACGGAGAAGGAGGAAUCUUGAAUAAUUGGGCGAAUGAAAGGCGCGAAAUAAUCCUAAAUGCAAAAAAGAAAAUGGAUGAUUGUUUAACGCGGAAAGAGGAUAAUAUUAAAAAGUUUAAACUUGGCUUUGAAAAUUAUCAGUCAUCUACUACUAAAACGUUAGAGCAUCUCAUCAAACUUCACAAUCAAUCAAUGAAAUUUCGAAGGAAGCUUGAUGAUGAUUUGAAGCAUCUUUAUGAAAAAGAGGAAUAUGAACUGAAUGAAGCUCUAAAUCACUUUUUUAAAGUCCACAAACGAGCUAGGAAAUCUCUCUUAAUGACUAUUAAGGAGGAUCAUAAUAUUAUGGCUCUUAAAAGACGCUUAUCUGGUCUGUGA